AUGGCCGUAACAGACGCCUUCAUCUCCGCCCUCGACCACAACAAAGAGUGGGCGGCCAAAACGGCCCAAGAAGACCCUCUCCUCUUCCCCACGCUCGCCAACGGCCAACACCCCCAAAUCCUCUGGAUCGGAUGCUCCGACUCCCGGUGCCCCGAAACGACCCUCUUGGACCUCAAACCCGGCGACGUGUUCGUGCACCGCAACAUCGCCAACAUCAUCCACGCGACGGACCUCAGCUCGUCGGCGGUGAUCGAGUACGCGGUGCGCCAUCUCCGGGUGAAACACGUGGUGCUGUGCGGGCACACGAGCUGCGGCGGCAUCGCGGCCGCGCUGGGCAACAAGCCGCUUGGGAUCUUGGAUCUGUGGUUGUUGCCGUUGCGGCAGAUCCGGUCGCAGCAUUUGAAGGAGCUGCAGGGUCUGAAGACGGAGGAGGCCAGUUUGAGGCUCGUGGAGUUGAAUAUCCAGGAGGGGGUCAGGUUGCUCAAGCAGAAGGAUGUGAUUCUGGAGGCGAUUGAGACGAGGGGGCUGCAGAUCCAUGCGCUCAUUUAUGAUGUUGCGUGUGGUGUGUUGAGGGAGUUGGCGAGUGAUGAGCCUGAGGAGGCGAUUAAGGCCCGGUUGGCCUCGUUUAAGUUGGAGGCGUAG